AUCAGCGUAGAGAGUACAAAAAAAGUACUUAUAUUUAUGUAAUAAAUUGGAGAUGUUGUGCAACGGCAUUCAUCCGGCUGCAUCCGGCUGUUCUUCACAGUUGGACAUAAGACAUAAAUGAAUCAAGUAAUCAAUCGCGCAAUUUCUGUCGACGCACGAUCGUCCCUCAGUUGUCUUGUGAGAGGAUUUCGUGUAUCAUCACAAAACAUGGUUAUCAGCGUAGGUGAUAAGUUGCCCACGGUUGAUCUUUUCGAAGAUUCACCUGCAAAUAAGGUGAAUCUGGGAAAAAUUGCUGCUGGCAAGAAAAUUAUAGUAUUUGCAGUGCCAGGAGCUUUUACACCAGGUUGCUCAAAGACUCAUCUACCUGGUUUUAUACAAAAAGCAGGAGAAUUGAAGUCUAAAGGAAUAUCAGAAAUAUUUUGUGUUGCUAUAAAUGAUCCAUUUGUAAUGGCAGCUUGGGGUAAAGAGCAUGGUGCAGAGGGCAAGGUGCGUAUGUUGGCUGACACUACAGGCCAAUUCACAGAUGCUUUAGAAUUAAGUGUAGAUUUACCAGUAUUGGGUGGGAAAAGAAGUAAACGCUAUUCAAUGGUUCUUGAAGAUGGUGUCGUCAAAGAAUUAAAUAUUGAACCUGAUAAUACUGGUCUUUCUUGUUCCUUAGCAGACAAUAUUAAAGUGUAAAAAGAAUAUGCACUAUUCACUAGAUAUGUAGCAAGUUUGUUACUUAGGAACGGACCUACUUCAAUUUAUUGAUUGUCACACUAAAAAUUUCUUACACGUUCGGACAAAACAAUUUUUCGUUAUGUAAAAUUAUAAAUGAUUCUUGAAACACUCUAAUAAAUAAAUAAGAUGAAUUAA